GGGGCUGCAGUCCAGGUAGAAAGACAGGUAGGGAAGGACAAGACCACAGUGAAGAACGGGACGGGGAGGGACGAGGUCAAGGAGCCAGAAGAGGACUGAGGGGGCGGCGGGAGGGAGGACUUUCUCCUUGGCCACUCGGAAGCUCCUCUUGCUGGAGGAAGGAGUAAGGAAAGAGAACGGAGAAAGAGGCGGAGUAAGGCGAGCUGCCAAGAGCCAGGGCUAGGCGGACGCCCAGGUACCAACCAAGAGACCUGGGACAGCAGAUACCCCAAGACAGACUGAGGCCCCGCCUCCCAGGCCAUGCGGCUGCCGCGGCUGCACCCGGUCGUGAGCCUCCUCCUGGCCUUGGCCGCCUUGCUGCUGCUCCUGACCUGCCAGUCACCACCCAGCUGCCCCGCCCCCGAGAGUCCCACAGAGCCUAAGGAUGACCCCGCGUGGGCCCCGGACCUCUCCCGCGCGCACCCCGCCCCGUGCCGAGCCAAUCUGUCCGUGUCCGCACACCCCGCCUUCGCGCGGUUGCCCUCGCACGUGCGCGACUUCCUGCUCUACCGCCACUGCCGCGACUUCGCGGUGCUUCGGGAGCCGAAGGCGACCAAGUGCGCGCAGCCCGUGUUCCUGCUGCUUGCUAUCAAGUCCUCUCCCGCGAACUACGGGCGCCGCCAGGUGCUGCGCACGACGUGGGCGCGUGAGAGACGAGUACGCGGGGUGUCGCUGCGCCGCCUCUUCCUCGUGGGCUCAGACCGUGACCCCCAGCAGGCGCGCAAAUUCAACCGGCUGCUAGAGCUGGAGGCAAAGGCAUACGGCGACAUUCUCCAGUGGGAUUUCCACGACUCCUUCUUUAACCUGACACUUAAGCAGGUCCUUUUCCUGGAAUGGCAGCGAACCCACUGUACCAACGCCAGUUUCGUGCUCAACGGAGACGACGACGUGUUCGCCCAUACGGACAACAUGGUCACCUACCUGCAGGGCCGCGACCCGGACCAACACCUCUUCGUGGGGCACCUGAUCCAGAACGUGGGUCCCAUUCGAGUGCCCUGGAGCAAGUACUUCAUCCCCACUCUGGUGACAGCCGAGGACAAGUACCCGCCCUACUGCGGCGGCGGCGGCUUCCUGCUGUCACGCUUUACCAUGGCCGCGCUACAUCGCGCAGCGCGCGUCCUCCCCAUCUUCCCCAUCGACGACGUGUUCCUGGGCAUGUGUCUGCAGCAGCAGGGGUUGGCGCCCAGGGCGCAUAGCGGAGUGCGCACGGCGGGUGUGCUCCCCCCUAGCCCGCGUGUGUCAUCCUUCGACCCCUGCUUCUACCGCGACCUGCUCCUCGUGCACCGCUUCCUGCCCUUCGAGAUGCUGCUGAUGUGGGAUGCGCUGAGCCGGCCUCAGCUCGCCUGCGGCAGGCAGAGCCCCGCCUACUGACAGGUUUGGGGGUUCGACACCCCUGACUCCUGUCCUCAUUCAAGUGCAAAGGGUUAACUAACUACAAGGAGAGGUUCAAAGUGAGGAGCAGCAAGGUGGGUCUGAGCCGGCUACCGGCUGCCGGGCAAACUCCUAAGUACACUUGGAAACCCUCUUCGUACUGCUCAGGGCAGACUCUGAGUGGGCUCUGAGAGGUUGCUAAGCAAAAAGUGCUGUGAGCAGAGCCCAUGGGUGUCAGGCUCCGGCCUCAGACUGGGCCGUGGCCUUUCUCAGGUCCCGAAGAAAUUGGGGCAGAGGAACAAGGUGAAUUUCAAACUGAGGAGCUCACAGAUCUUGACUUGACCCCCACUAGUGUCCUCCAAGAACUAGGAGAACCACAGGGGUAGGAAGGGUCCUGUGUCCCACAGAUGGAGAUGGCAGGAAAUAAAGACCAUAGAAGACUGAA